CGUGGCCCCACGAUGCCCCACAGCCCCGCGUCCAGCGAGGACGAGGAACGCCACAGUGCCAGCGAGUGUCCCGAGGGAGGCUCAGAGUCCGACAGCUCCCCAGACGGGCCCGGGAGAGGCCUCCGGGGGACCCGGGGCCGGGGCAGCGGGGCACCUGGUAAUCUGGCCUCAGUGCGAGGCCUCCAGGGCCGCUCCAUGUCCGUCCCCGACGACGCUCACUUCAGCAUGAUGGUCUUCAGGAUAGGCAUCCCGGAUUUGCACCAGACGAAAUGCCUGCGCUUCAACCCGGAUGCUACCAUCUGGACUGCCAAGCAGCAGGUGCUCUGUGCCUUGAGCGAGAGCCUGCAGGAUGUUCUGAACUAUGGCCUGUUCCAGCCGGCCACCUCUGGCCGGGAUGCCAACUUCCUGGAGGAGGAAAGAUUGCUUCGGGAAUACCCCCAGUCCUUUGAGAAGGGGGUCCCCUACCUGGAGUUUCGAUACAAGACUCGAGUUUACAAACAGACCAACCUGGAUGAGAAGCAGCUGGCCAAGUUGCACACGAAGACGGGGUUGAAGAAGUUUCUGGAGUAUGUGCAGCUCGGGACAUCUGACAAGGUGGCGAGGCUGCUGGACAAGGGGCUGGACCCCAAUUAUCAUGACUCGGAUUCGGGAGAGACCCCCUUAACUCUGGCUGCGCAGACUGAAGGCUCCGUGGAAGUGAUUCGAACCCUGUGCCUGGGUGGGGCCCACAUCGACUUCCGGGCGCGAGACGGCAUGACAGCCUUGCACAAAGCCGCUUGUGCGCGCCAUUGCCUUGCUCUCACGGCACUCCUGGAUCUUGGGGGCUCCCCCAACUACAAGGACCGCCGGGGGUUGACCCCUCUGUUCCACACGGCUAUGGUGGGGGGUGACCCCCGCUGCUGUGAGCUGCUUCUAUACAACAGAGCCCAGCUGGGCAUCGCUGAUGAGAAUGGCUGGCAGGAGAUUCAUCAGGCCUGCCAGCGGGGUCACUCGCAGCACCUGGAACACCUGCUCUUCUAUGGAGCUGAGCCUGGAGCCCAGAACGCCUCAGGGAAUACAGCCCUGCACAUCUGCGCCCUCUACAACAAGGAGACCUGCGCCCGAAUUCUCCUGUACCGCGGGGCCAAUAAAGAUGUGAAGAAUAAUAACAGACAGACGCCCUUCCAGGUAGCUGUGAUUGCUGGGAAUUUUGAGCUGGGGGAGCUGAUCCGAAGCCACCGAGAGCAAGAUGUGGUCCCCUUCCAGGAGUCCCCCAAGUAUGCAGCCCGGCGUCGGGGGCCCCCGAGUGCAGGGCUGACCGUCCCCCCAGCACUGCUUCGAGCCAACAGUGAUACCAACAUGGCCCUGCCUGAUUGGAUGGUAUUCUCAGCACCGGGGACCUCAUCCUCUGGGACCCCCGGCCCAACCUCAGGGCCCCAGGGCCAGUCGCAGCCCCCAGCCCCCAGCACCAAGCUCAGCAGCGGGACCCUACGAAGUGCCAGCAGUCCCCGGGGAGCCCGGGCCCGCUCCCCCUCCCGUGGGAGGCACCCUGAGGAGAACAAGAGGCAGCCUCGAGGACGGCCCAGCUCCAGCGGGACUCCCCGGGAAGGGCCAGCCGGGGGCACAGGGGGCUCCUCGGGGGGUCCCGGGGGCUCCCUGGGCAGUCGUGGAAAGCGGAGGAAACUCUACUCGGCUGUACCCGGACGCUCUUUCAUGGCGGUGAAGUCCUACCAGGCGCAAGGCGAGGGAGAGAUCUCACUGAGCAAGGGCGAGAAGAUCAAAGUGCUCAGCAUCGGGGAAGGAGGCUUCUGGGAAGGCCAGGUCAAAGGUCGUGUUGGCUGGUUUCCCUCCGACUGCCUGGAAGAGGUGGCAAACCGCUCCCAGGAGGGAAAGCAAGAAAGCCGUAGUGACAAGGCAAAGAGACUCUUCCGGCAUUACACCGUAGGCUCCUACGACAGCUUCGAUGCCCCAAGCUUGAUGGAUGAUGGGAUUGGCCCAGGGAGCGAUUACAUCAUCAAGGAGAAGACAGUCCUGUUGCAGAAAAAGGACAGCGAGGGGUUUGGGUUCGUGCUCCGGGGGGCCAAGGCGCAGACCCCCAUCGAAGAGUUCACCCCCACCCCGGCCUUCCCGGCGCUGCAGUAUCUGGAAUCGGUGGACGAGGGCGGUGUAGCCUGGAGAGCAGGAUUACGAAUGGGAGACUUCCUCAUCGAGGUGAACGGACAGAACGUGGUGAAGGUUGGCCACCGGCAGGUGGUGAACAUGAUCCGCCAGGGGGGCAACACUCUGAUGGUCAAGGUGGUGAUGGUCACUAGGCACCCGGACAUGGAUGAGGCCGUCCACAAGAAAGCACCCCAACAGGCAAAGCGGCUCCCACCCCCGGCCAUCUCCCUGCGUUCCAAAUCCAUGACCUCAGAGCUGGAGGAGAUGGAAUACGAGCACCAACCUGCGCCGAUGCCCAGCAUGGAGAAAAAACGGACCGUGUAUCAGAUGGCUCUCAACAAAUUGGACGAGAUCUUGGCAGCUGCACAGCAAACCAUCAGUGCCAGCGAGAGUCCUGGGCCCGGGGGCCUGGCGUCCCUGGGCAAACACAGGCCCAAGGGUUUCUUUGCCACUGAGUCGAGCUUUGAUCCCCAUCACCGCUCCCAGCCAAGUUACGAGCGUCCUUCCUACCUGCCCCCAGGACCCGGGCUGAUGCUCCGUCAAAAAUCUAUCGGGGCUGCAGAAGAUGAAAGACCCUACCUAGCGCCCCCAACCAUGAAGUUCAGCCGCAGUCUGUCUGUACCUGGGUCGGAGGAUAUUCCUCCGCCGCCCACCACGUCCCCUCCGGAGCCCCCUUACAGUACACCUCCAGCCCCUUCCUCCUCUGGACGCCUCACCCCCUCUCUCAGGGGAGGCCCCUUCAACCCCGGCUCAGGGCACCCCGCCUCCUCCCCCUCGUCCUUCGAUGGGCCCUCCCCUCCUGACACCCGCGUUGGGGGCCGUGAGAAGAGCCUGUACCAUGGCGGCCCCCUGCCCCCUGCCCAUCACCACCCACCUCACCACCACCACCACCAUGCCCCACCCCCACAGUCCCACCAUCACCACGCGCACCCCCCGCAUCCCCCGGAGAUGGAGACGGGCGGCUCCCCGGAUGACCCCCCACCCCGAUUGGCCCUGGGGCCCCAACCCAGCCUGCGCGGCUGGCGGGGCGGGGGACCCAGCCCAACCCCCGGAGCACCGUCCUCAUCCCACCAUGGCGGUGGGGGCGGCGGCGGGGGCAGCGGUUCCUCUCAGGGCCCUGCCCUGCGCUACUUCCAGCUGCCCCCGCGAGCGGCCAGCGCGGCCAUGUACGUGCCUGCGCGCUCGGGCCGGGGCCGGAAGGGCCCCCUGGUCAAGCAGACCAAGGUGGAGGGCGAGCCCCAGAAGGGCUCCAGCGGUCUCCCGUCGACCCAGUCGCCCACGUCGCCGGCCUCCCCACAGCCGCCACCGACCGCGGCCACCUCCUCCGAGAAGAACUCCAUUCCUAUCCCCACCAUCAUCAUCAAGGCUCCGUCCACCAGUAGCAGCGGCCGCAGUAGUCAGGGGAGCAGCACUGAGGCGGAGCCCCCCAACCAGGCCGAGGGCGCAGGGGGUGGCGGGUCCUCGGCGCCCAGCCCUGCGCCCACCAUGUCACCCGUGCCGCCGUCCCCCUCGCCUGUGCCCACCCCCGCCUCCCCCAGCGGCCCGGCCACCCUGGAUUUCACCAGUCAGUUCGGCGCCGCCCUAGUGGGCGCGGCUCGGAGGGAAGGGGGCUGGCAGAACGAAGCGCGCCGGAGGUCCACCCUCUUCCUCUCUACCGACGCGGGGGACGAGGAUGGCGACAGCGGGCUGGGGGCCGGGAUGCCCCCGGGGCCCCGGCUGCGCCACUCCAAGUCCAUCGACGAAGGCAUGUUCUCUGCCGAGCCCUACCUGCGGCUUGAGGCGGGGGGCUCCGGGGGUGGUGGCGGCUACGGGGGCUACGGAGCGGGCAGCCGCGCCUACGGGGGCAGCGGGGGCAGCAGCGCCUUCACCAGCUUCCUGCCCCCCCGGCCACUGGUCCACCCGCUGACCGGCAAAGCCCUGGACCCCGCGUCCCCUCUCGGGCUGGCCCUGGCCGCCCGGGAGCGAGCGCUGAAGGAGUCCUCAGAGGGCGGCGGAGCCCCCCAACCCCCUCCCAGGCCUCCAUCGCCCCGUUACGACGCCCCGCCGCCCACCCCGCACCACCACUCACCCCACGCCCACCACGAGCCAGUGCUACGUCUCUGGGGGGCGGCCCCCCCGGACCCCGCCCGCCGGGAGCUGGGGUACCGGGCAGGGCUGGGCAGCCAGGAGAAAGCUCUCCCGGCCAGCCCGCCGGCCGCACGCCGCUCUCUACUGCACCGCCUGCCCCCCACGGCCCCUGGGGUCGGGCCCCUCCUGCUGCAGCUGGGACCUGAGCCCCCGACCCCUCACCCUGGGGUCAGCAAGGCCUGGAGGUCCAGCGCCCCCGAGGAGCCCGAGCGGCUGCCCUUGCACGUACGGUUCCUUGAAAACUGCCAGCCGCGGGCCGGCGGGGUAGGCGGAAGGGGUCCCCCAGCGGAGGACGGGCCGGGGGUCCCGCCGCCCAGCCCGCGCCGCUCGGUGCCGCCCUCGCCCACCUCCCCGCGGGGCGGCGAAGAGAACGGGCUCCCCCUACUGGUCUUGCCGCCGCCCGCACCCUCAGUGGAUGUGGAGGACGGAGAGUUUCUCUUUGUGGAACCGCUCCCCCCGCCUCUGGAGUUCUCCAACAGCUUCGAAAAGCCCGAAUCUCCCCUCACCCCCGGGCCUCCCCACCCACUACCGGACCCGCCCACCCCCGCCACCCCCUUGCCAGCCGGGCCACCCCAGGCCGCCGCUGCUCCGCCCACUCUGGACUCCACCGCCUCCAGCUUGACUUCCUAUGACAGCGAGGUGGCUACGCUGACCCAGGGGGCCCCUACAACUCCUGGGGAGCCCCCUCCUCCAGGCCCGCCGGCCGCCGCUGCUCCGGCCCCCGUAGCUCCCCAGCCCGGCCCGGACCCCCCACCCGGCACUGAUUCUGGCAUUGAGGAGGUGGACAGUCGUAGCAGCAGUGACCACCCUCUGGAGACCAUUAGCAGCGCCUCCACGCUGAGCAGUCUUUCUGCCGAAGGGGGCGGCAGCGGAGGCGGUGGUGUGGGAGGUGGGGCCAGCGGGCCAGAGCUCCUGGACACUUAUGUGGCCUACCUGGACGGCCAAGCCUUCGGGGGCAGCGGACCUGUCGGCCCGCCGUACCCCCCGCAGCUCAUGACCCCCUCGAAGCUCCGCGGCCGGGCGCUGGGGGGCAGCGGAGGCCUACGUCCCGGGCCCGGUGGCGGACUCCGAGACCCUGUCACCCCCACGAGCCCCACCGUGUCCGUGACAGGGGCUGGAACCGAUGGACUGCUGGCCCUGAGCGGCUGCUCAGGACCCUCGACGGCGGGUGUGUCCGGGGGUCCUGUGUCUGUAGAACCCGAAGGCCCGCCCAUGGCCUUGUCCACAGCCUCCUCCCUGCCUCGGAAGCUGCUACCCUGGGAGGAGGGUCCCGGCCCGCCGCCACCACCGCUGCCUGGGCCCCUGGCCCCGCCCCAAGCCUCAGCUUUGGCCACCGUCAAGGCCAGCAUCAUCAAUGAGCUCAGCUCCAAGCUCCAGCAGUUUGGGGGCUCGGCGGCCGGCGGCGCCCUGCCCUGGGCCCGGGGAGGCAGCGGGGAUAGCCACCACGGGGGAGCCAGCUACGUCCCCGAGAGAACUUCCUCCUUGCAGCGGCAGAGACUCUCAGAUGACUCGCAGUCCUCGCUUCUCUCCAAACCAGUCAGCAGCCUGUUUCAGAACUGGCCCAAGCCACCUCUGCCACCGCUCCCUACAGGAACAGGGGUCCCCCCAUCGGCCGCUGUGGCCCCAGGGGCCACCUCGCCCUCAGCUUCCUCCUCCACGUCAACCCGCCACCUCCAGGGUGUGGAUUUUGAGAUGCGGCCCCCUCUGCUCCGCCGGGCCCCCAGCCCCUCGCUGCUGCCCGCAUCAGAUCACAAGGUCAGCCCUGCUCCAAGACCCUCAUCCCUGCCCAUCCUGCCCUCCGGACCUCUCUACCCAGGCCUCUUUGACAUCCGCGGCUCUCCCACUGGAGGAGCUGGAGGCUCUGCUGACCCUUUUGCCCCCGUCUUCGUGCCACCCCACCCGGGGAUGUCUGGGGGCCUUGGAGGGGCUUUGUCCAGCGCCUCCCGCUCCCUCUCACCAACCCGCUUGCUUUCGCUGCCCCCGGACAAGCCAUUUGGCGCUAAACCCCUGGGCUUCUGGACCAAGUUCGACGUGGCCGAUUGGCUGGAGUGGUUGGGCUUGGCUGAGCACCGUGCCCAGUUUCUGGACCAUGAGAUUGACGGUUCCCACCUGCCCGCCUUGACCAAGGAGGACUACGUUGAUCUGGGUGUAACCAGGGUGGGCCACCGAAUGAACAUUGACCGGGCGCUCAAGUUUUUCCUGGAGAGGUGAUGGCUGGACUGGGCGGACCAGCCCGUCCACAGAACCCUAGAGCCUGCUGGCCUCUUGACCUCUGACCACUGACCAUCAUCCUCCCCACCCCCACCCCAGCCUGGGCUGGGCACUCUGCUGAAACUGUGCCCUGUCCCAGUUCCCCAAGGCC